CAAGGCACACUGGAGAGUCUGACAUUGGUUGUCAACGCGAGUCACACGCAUUUUGGCACAUUUCCAUAGGUCUGAUCAGCGCAGCAAUAUCCUUACCGAGCCUCACGCUUACACAGGGGUCGCCGCCGCUUCUUCUUCUGCGUCGGACCAAGGCGUGGCGGAACAGCGGCCCCUGCGAAGGGUGCGUCGACAGUGGCGUUUCAUCUGCCGCAGCGACGACAGCUUCACUCAGCUGAUGACCAACGUGAUGGAGGUGAACCGCGAAGUUCUGCGGGCCACCGCACCGCUGCGCGUCGGCGACAGCGAGAACCUGGGUCUUGUGUGGCUGAGAAACGGUCGCGUCUACAACCUACACACCAUCAAGAUCCGUGACACGUUCACCAGCGAGUGCAACGAGACCACCAUGAACCUGGUGUUCAGACUGAACCUGGAAAAGCCGUACAUCGUGUUCGACCUGUCGGCCCCCUUCGGCAGUACCGCGCUUGCCGGUGGUCAGCUGACCGUCAGGGUUGACUCGCUCGACGUCGACAUCGGCCUCGUCACGCCAAAGGUGAAAAACAGCGGCGACAACGCCGAGCCGUGGGUUCCUUUCGCCACGGUUCGCAGAGCACACAACCUUCGGCUCGAGUUCACGGGGAUGCCUCCGGCCACGACGGCACUGACUUCUCUGCUGGCGCUACUGCAACAGCUGAUACCAUCUGUGCAGACACGGUUGUUCGAAAUCAUACUGACUCGCAUAUUGAGGAACUACAUCGCAACAACGCCGAUUCCUUUUUGAGCCUUGAAGAAGAGAGGACACGUCGAAAGAGAGAAAAGAAGGAGCGCAGAGUAGUUCUCCAGAGCUAUCUAUAGGCGGGGUUAAUGUAACAAUUCUAUUUCAAUGAUCCUUCCUUUUCGCGCUCCUUCAGCGGCCCACGUCAUCAACGGAAUCGAUCAGCCGGCCGUGGACGGUGGAUGAUAAGAGUGACAUGGAAUCGAGCAGAAGGAAUCAUUACAUUAUGACGGCACCGGUUCCGCUUGGGGCUGUUCCAAAUAAAAUACGAAAGAUUAAAUGAACGUUGACGCUAUAUUUGGGGGGUGCUUUUGUUUGUUGGUUCUUCUUUGACUAACGUUUGCUAAAAGAACUUUCUUGAUGCGCUGUAGUCGGCGCAUAAUCACUCAGACGAACACAGGUACAGAGCACAUACUCACAGAGAAAUUAGAAACAAGAAAACUCAGGAAAGACGCAACGCAGUUUCCUGGCAGCGCCCUCCUGGUAGUCUGUUACCUACUAACCACGCCCCUUUGUUUAUGUAGCGCAGAAACAGCGCGUAUAAUUUGCACUCACUCUAUAGGCUUUUCUGGUGUUUACAAACGAAGGCGCUUUGCUUCCUGGCUUCGCUUGGUAUAAUACCCCGAUACAUUUUACCGAUAAGAAAGGAAAAUAUGGAGGCCACAGUAGUAUACUGCUGCAGUACUUCUGCUCUGCAACAACCCA